UAAGAGAAAGCGAAACAGUGGAUGUUAACAUCAAACUCCAGACUAUUAUAAAUUAGACACUUUGCACUUCUCAUGUCAGCAACAUCCACAGAAAUGAAGCAUCUGAGCUCCUCUUUCACCUUCGUUACUGCCAUUGCUCUUUUAUUUUCAUUUGAACCUCCUUCACUUGAUACUCCUGAAAAGUUUGUUCAAUGUUUUUACAACUAUCCCCAUAUCACCAACUCAAUCUCCAAUGUUCUUUACACCCAAACAAACUCUUCGUACUCCUCUGUCCUAAAUGUUACCAUUCAAAAUCUUAGGUUCUUAAACAUAGUCUCAAAACCUCAAGUCAUUGUUACGCCAGUGAACGUUUCUCAUAUUCAGGCCACCAUAAUGUGCUCCCAACGUCAUGGCCUGCAAAUUCGAACCCGAAGUGGAGGUCAUGAUUACGAGGGUCUCUCGUACGUUGCCGAGGUUCCCUUUGUCAUCAUUGACCUCAUAAACCUUCGAGAAGUCACAGUUGACGCAGAAAAUCAAACUGCGUGGGUUCAAACUGGAGCACACCUGGGAGAACUCUACUACAGGAUUUACGAGAAAAGCAAAACACUUGGGUUUCCAGCUGGUGUGUGCUAUAGUGUGGGCACUGGUGGCCACAUCAGUGGAGGUGGCUAUGGAUUCUUGAUGCGUAAGUACGGUCUUGCCGCAGAUAAUAUCGUAGAUGCUCAAAUAGUAGAUGUGAAUGGUAAUCUACUUGACAGACAUGCCAUGGGUGAGGAUUUGUUUUGGGCAAUUAGAGGAGGUGGUGGAGCAAGCUUUGGAGUCAUCGUGGCUUGGAAGAUAAAACUAGUUCCAGUUCCAUCAACUGUGACAGUAUUCAACGUUGAAAGAACAUUGGAAGAGAAUGCAACCGAGAUCUUUCAAAAGUGGCAGGUUGUGGCGAGUAAAUUGGACGACCGUAUAUACAUUAGGGUGGACAUGACAAAGGUACCCUCACGUGAAUAUGGAAAGAAGACAAUACAAGUCAAUUUUGUCUCCACGUUUCUAGGAGGUGUAGAAGAACUUGUUCCACUGAUGCAAAAGAGUUUACCGGAGUUGGGUUUGGACAGAAAAGACUGUACUGAGACUAGUUGGAUUGGCUCAGUUGUCUUCUUGAAUUCUCCGUGGAUUGUAACUACAACCCUCGAAGCCCCAGAGGUUUUGCUGAACAGAACUCAAAUUUAUUCAGGUUAUUUCAAAGCAAAAUCUGAUUAUGUUCAAUUUGCUCCUUAUGGAGGCAGAAUGUAUGAGAUUUCUGAAUCUGAACUUCCAUUCGCACACAGAUCUGGAUACAUAUUUCAUAUGCACUACGUGACCAUUUGGCAAACUGCAGGGGACGAGGCUGCACAAAGGCACAUGAUUUGGAUUAGAAAACUGUAUAAAUAUAUGGAACCUUAUGUUUCAAACUCCCCAAGAGCUGCAUAUGUGAAUUACAGAGACCUUGACAUUGGGGUUAAUAACAAUGGUUAUACAAGCUACGAUCAAGCAAGUAUUUGGGGUCUCAAGUAUUUCGGUAACAAUUUCAGGAGAUUGGCUACCGUGAAGACCAGGGUUGAUCCUUACAACUUUUUCAGAAACGAACAAAGUAUUCCCACGCUGUUGGACGAAGAAAUUUAAAUUCUCUAUAUAUCUAAAAUUCAAAUAAACUAAAUGUUGUGUGUUUUUUCAAUAGUAAUAUCUACCGUUCAAAUAAAAUAAUUUUUGUAUGUUUCAAAUUUAUGCUUUCAGAUAUGUUUAAAAUUAUAUAACUUAUAAAGAAGGUUGAAUUUUUUUAUCUUAAAAGCAUCCAAUUAACUUAUAAAUAAUAGUGGUGGUCAAAAUGCAACAAUGUUUUAGUUGGAUGAGUGAUAUCGGUUGAAAAUACCGUUGUGAUAUAAUUUUGAUACUAAAUGCACCCUUUUCUGCUUAGAAACUUGUUUGAAAUCAUGAUUUUCUGUUUUGAUUUGACUCUAUUAAAAGGACCCAGACGCCCUAGGUUUUGUAUCUUUAGCUGGAGGAGCGCAGCAGCACACUCUUUCACUCUCUGGAGGCGGAUUUGGAUGCAAGAGCUUCCAUCUUCUACUUUUAGGGUUUUUCUAUCUCAUUCUUCUUCAUUGUUCAUCUAAUUUCACUAUAUAUGU